UGUCAUUAGUUUUUCAAGUCGCGAGUUGGAGAUCUCUUUGGAGGUGCUUGAAAUGGCUGAAAUCUCUCAUAGGAUACACAACAGAAAUGGCAAGGAAGAAGAAGAAAUGGGAUUGGAGGGGCAUUUUCACAGGCUAAUCCGUAUGUUAGAAGAUGUAGAAGAUGAACCAAAUGUCACCGAUGAGGAGCUCCUCUGUGGCGUGAUGAAAAGCUUGGAACAAGAGAUCACUUCUUGUUGGUCUACUGAUAAUGAAACAUCUGUGGAGGCUGAUAUUCGAUCUCUUGACGUCGAGGAGUCAGGGAAUGAAAUGGGUUUUCCGUUUAUUGCAAUGGAUGAUGAUCUGGACAUCCCACCGAGCCCCUUUCUGAUGGAAUUGCCUCCUUAUUCUACUGGUGCUCAGUAAAUCUUAUCAGAGGUGUGGUGUUUCCAAGAUUAAGAUUAUAUUGACUCUUAACUUGAUGGUUAGUGAGAAUAUUAAUGACGAUGGGCAGGCAGGAAAAAGAUUUCAUAGUUGUAACUUGUGAUGGUUUCAUUUGAGAUCUUCAAAUGAGAUUCCAAGACGCACAGAACUAUUUGUGCCAUUUAAAGCUGUA